AUGGCAGCUCUGGUGAAAACACAUGUGCAGUUGUCUGCGGACGAUGCAAACCCUGAGUCAGAGGACAACGAGGACCAGAGUGAGUCUGAAGAAGGGAGCCAUGAUGAAGGCUCAGAGGACGGAGAGAGCGAUGGAGAAGAAAAUGACCAAGACGGGGAUGAGGCAGAGGAUGAAGAUGGAGAUGAGGAGGAUGGAGAAGAGGGGGAGGAAGGAGGUGACGGAAAUGCCAAUGCCGGGUGGGCAGAGGCCAUGGCGAAGAUCCUGGGGAAGAAGACCCCGGAGACAAAAGGCAUCAUCCUGGUGAAGAACAAGGAGCUGGAGAAGAUGAAGGAGAAGGAGAAAAAGGAGCUGCUGGAGAGAAAGAAACAGGUGGACAAGAAGCGAGCGUGGGAGAAUUUGAGCAGGGAGAAGCCCGACCUGGUGAAGGACCGAGAGACUGAGAGAGCGAUGCAGAGGAUCGCUACCAGAGGGGUGGUGCAGCUGUUCAACGCCGUGAGGAAACACCAGAAGACGAUAGAUACCAAGGUGAAGGAAGUGGGAGGCUCGGAGAGGAAGAAGGCCAAGCUGCUGUCGUCCGUCUCCAAGAAAGACUUCAUCGACGUGCUGAGGAGGACGGAGGGAGGCAGCGGAAGAGCUGUGAAGGCUGAGAAGGAGGCGGCUGCAGAGGAGAAGCCCGCCUGGAGCGUCCUCACAGAUGACUUCAUGAUGGGAGCCACCAUGAAAGACUGGGACAAAGACAGUGAGGGAGAGGAGGCCCCUACAAAGCAAGGAGCAGGGGGGGAGGACAGUGACUCGGACUGAAAGCACUGCAGGGCUAUGAUGCCUUCAGGGACAUGUGUGUGGAUCAGAGACCCUGACCCCUCCUGUCAGCGUGUGGACUACACAGAAAGAAAACCUGGAACGUGUUUACACUGACUGUACACACAAGCAAAUAUUUGUCUGGCCUCUCACACUCUGAUGUUUGUCACUCAAUAUAUUGUGCAGAUAGCAGAAGGAGGAGGGGCUGAACACUCUGCGGACAGGACAAUAAGUCAUACAUGGGAACAGGAGGGAACAGAGGGAGCUGAGAGAAGCUCCUGCCCUCCAUCAUACUCAGUUUGCUUCAAUUUACAUCAUCAUAUUUUUUUAAUAAAUUGCCUGUGUACUCUGUAAAUAUGAGUGUUUUGUAGAGUGCUGGUUGAAUAAACAGCUGGUUCAUGUGUC